AUUCUCAUUCAUCACUGUGUGUGUGUGUGUGUGUUUGGUUGGGGGACUGAAAGGUUAAAGAGAAAGAUGGAGAGCUCCGGAGAGAUGGUGGCCUUCCCAUUGUUGAUAACGCCGAUCGACACUAAUUACAGGGCAUGCACUAUCCCCUACAGGUUCCCUUCCGACAACCCCAAGAAACCAACGCCCAUUGAGGUCUCUUGGAUCAACCUCUUCGCCAAUUCCAUUCCCUCUUUCAAGAAGAGAGCAGAAAGUGACGACACAGUCGCAGAUGCUUCUGCUAAAGCUGAAAAGUUUGCUCAAAGGUAUUCUGAAAUCCUAGAGGACUUCAAAAAAGAUCCUGAAAGCCAUGGUGGACCACCUGAUUGCAUACUUCUUUGCCGUAUCCGUGAGCUUAUCCUCAGGGAGGUUGGUUUCAGAGACAUAUUUAAGAAGGUUAAGGAUGAAGAAAAUGCCAAAGCAAUAACCUUGUUUAAGGAUGUUGUUCAUUUGAAUGAUGCUAUUGAGGAGGAAUCAAAGCGAGUGGAGAAUUUGGUCAGAGGAAUAUUUGCAGGGAACAUAUUUGAUCUCGGUUCUGCACAGCUUGCAGAGUUAUUCUCAAAAGAUGGAAUUUCCUUCUUGGCUAGUUGUCAAAAUAUUGUUCCCCGACCCUGGGUUAUUGAUGAUUUGGAUACUUUCAUUUCAAAAUGGGGCAAGAAACCAUGGAAAAAGGUUGUCAUAUUUGUUGAUAAUUCUGGUGCGGAUGUUGUUUUGGGUAUAUUGCCCUUUGCUAGAGAACUGCUUCGUUGUGGGACAAAGGUCGUGUUGGCAGCUAACGACCUACCUUCUAUCAACGAUGUAACUUAUCAUGAACUACUGGAGAUCAUAUCAAAGUUGAAGGAUGAAAAUGGACUGCUUAUGGGUGUUGAUACUCAGAAUCUUUUGAUUGCGAAUUCUGGUAAUGAUUUGCCGGUUAUUGAUCUCUCGAGUGUGUCCCAAGAGCUUGCAUACCUGGCAAGUGAUGCUGACUUGGUAGUUAUGGAAGGAAUGGGCCGUGGAAUCGAGACAAAUCUAUAUGCUCAAUUUAAGUGUGAUUCCCUCAAGAUUGGAAUGGUGAAGCAUCCAGAGGUUGCCCAGUUUCUAGGAGGGAGGCUGUAUGAUUGUGUAUUCAAGUUCAAUGAAGUUUCAAGUUGUUAACAAGAUAGAAUAGUACAUGCAAGAAGGAAGGAAGCAUCCAUUCUUUCUGAUACUUGUUUUAAAAGUAUUCAAGGCAAUGGAGCAUGAUGAACUUGGUGUCUUUUGUCAAAAUGAGAAUUCUUUUGGUGUUUUCUAGAUAAUAUAUUGAUGAAUGCCAAGCUCAGUCGAGGAGUUGGUUUAAGAAA